CUGCCUUUUAUGCAACUAAGCGAUUUCUGCGAUUCGUGGUCUUCAGUGAUCAAUGGUCCAGUGACUCGCACGGGCGGCUCUCCAACGUCGAAAAUGUUACACCUGAGAUUUGUCUUUAUGGUCGCUUUACCGCUGCUGCUUAUGCUUCUACUUCAGGCCAGUCAACCUGCAGAUGGCUUCAUCAUUCGACUGAUCACGGAAACACUGCAAAAUAAUGUGGCUGGUGAACCGAUUCUUCACGAGCGGACUUCUUGGGACUUUGAUCCGGAGGCGGCCAAGAAAGCCAGGUCGCUGUACUACGAGAAGAACGGAUACCGCUCGUCCAAGUUCAUCGAGCGAUUGGGCGUGGGUCUGGAUGGGCGGCACGAGGAGCGGAGGGAGGAGCAAGGACAUCGCGAUGUGGGACGUCUGAAUGGGGAACACAAUGUGAACUAUCCGCCGCCACCGGCUUAG